CACGGAAGGCGGAAGUGCCCGUGCGGGGCGGCCGCGAUGCUAGGCUGAGCAGUGCCUGGUUGGCAUCUUGGCAGCUCUUCCGGGUUUGGGCACAGGGAAGCGGAGGCGGCAGGCGGGAGUGAACGGGGGACGAUGCCUUGAGGAGGCCGCGGGGCCUGGCGGGGUCUGGAGGUUGACCGCCCCCGCCGUCUUCCCGCGAGGCCGCCUCCUCCAGGCAGCCGACCGUCCCGCUCAGGGCCUCGCGCCCCGCUGUCUACCAGGCGCCUCGCACCCGGACUCCCGGGCCCCAGCCCCCGCGCUAUGACCGCGGCCGCCGCCUCCAACUGGGGGCUGAUCAUGAACAUAGUGAACAGCAUCGUAGGGGUCAGUGUACUCACCAUGCCCUUCUGCUUCAAACAGUGUGGCAUCGUCCUGGGGGCCCUGCUCUUGGUUUUCUGCUCUUGGAUGACGCACCAGUCCUGUAUGUUCUUGGUGAAAUCCGCCAGCCUGAGCAAACGGAGGACCUACGCCGGCCUGGCGUUUCACGCCUACGGAAAAGCCGGAAAGAUGCUGGUGGAGACCAGCAUGAUCGGGCUGAUGCUGGGGACCUGCAUUGCCUUCUACGUUGUCAUUGGCGACUUGGGGUCCACCUUCUUUGCUCGGCUGUUUGGGUUUCAGGUCACUGGCACCUUCCGCGUGCUCCUGCUCUUCGCCGUGUCGCUGUGCAUCGUGCUCCCGCUGAGCCUGCAGCGCAACAUGAUGGCCUCCAUCCAGUCCUUCAGCGCCAUGGCCCUGCUCUUCUACACCAUGUUCAUGUUCGUGAUUGUGCUGUCCUCGCUCAAGCAUGGCCUCUUCAGGGCACAGUGGCUGCAGCAGGUCAGCUACAUCCGCUGGAGGGGCGUUUUCCGCUGCAUCCCCAUCUUUGGCAUGUCCUUCGCCUGUCAGUCCCAGGUUCUGCCCACCUACGACAGCCUGGAUGAGCCGUCCGUGAAAACUAUGAGCUCCAUAUUCGCUUCCUCCCUCAACGUGGUCACCACCUUCUACGUCAUGGUGGGCUUCUUUGGCUACGUGAGCUUCACCGACCAAAUCGCCGGCAAUGUGCUGACGCACUUCCCGUCCAACCUGGUGACGCAGACGAUCCAAGCAGGCUUCAUGAUGUCGGUGGCCGUGGGCUUCCCCAUGAUGAUUCUGCCUUGCAGGCAGGCCCUGAACACGCUGUUGUUCGAGCAGCAGCAAAAAGAUGGGACUUUUGCGGCCGGAGGCUACAUGCCGCCUCUGCGGUUCAAAGCGCUCACCCUCUCGGUCGUGUUUGGAACCAUGGUCGGUGGAAUCAUGAUCCCGAACGUGGAGACGAUCCUGGGCCUGACAGGUGCCACGACAGGGAGCCUCAUCUGCUUCAUCUGCCCGGCUCUGAUCUACAAGAAAGUCCACAAGAACACCUUCCCCUCCCAGGUGGUGCUUUGGGUCGGCCUGGGCGUCCUGGUGGUCAGCACACACACCACCCUGUCCGUGAGUGAGGAGACUCCUGUGCACUUGGACUUGGCAAAGGGGGUCCCCGGCGGCCGGCCCGGAGAGGCCCAGGACGAGAUGAAGGCGGAGGUGGCCCGGCUCCCAGGCCAGAAUCCAGUCGUGGGCGUGGCCGAGGACGGCCGGGAUAAGCCGAAGCGGCCACAGGAGAAGGAGGAGAUGGAGCAGGCCCAGAUAAAGGGCCCUGUGGACGUGCCCCAGAGGGAAGGCGCCAAGGAGAAGCAGGAGGAGGUGCAGCUGGACCGCCCGGGCCAAGGUGUGGCAGUACCUAUGGGCGAGGCCCACCGCCAUGAACCCCCCAUCCCUCACGACAAGGUGGUGGUGGACGAAGGUCAAGACCAAGAAGGACCAGAGGAGAAUGAACGUUCGUCCAAACACCUGGAUGAAAAGGCUGCGGGGGGCAAGGGUCAGAUCGUGCCACCUCUGCCAGAUUCAGAGAGAGAGAGACCUGGCCAGAACCAGGCCCUGGAGGCAGCGGGUGGUCUUCCUGAAGAUCCUCAGAAGGUUCCAGAAGGAAAUGGUCAGCCGGCCAUGGAGCCCCUGGAGCAGGAUCUGGAGCCUGGCGACAGGGACAGGGGUCUGCGUCCAGGGCCGCAGGCAGUGCUCCCUGAGGGGCAGGAAAUCCUGGGGGCAGGUGCAGGGGAGAGAGCAGCUGGUGUCCCGCUGCCAGGCCACGUGGGGGCUGUGGGCAAGCCGGUGGAGAAGGAUCCUGGUGGGAAGCCAGGCGCCGGGGCCGUGCAGCAGGCAGAGCCCAGAGGGCAGAGGAACGUGGAGGGACGGGGCGGAGACCGUGCUGGCAGCAAGCUGGAGGCUGAAAUCAAAAAGAUAGUAGCAGAGGCCGGCCGGGCGGAGAUGCUGGAGCAUGCCGUGCUGCUGCAGGUGAUCCAAGAGCAGCAGGAGCAGCACAAGCGCCUCCUGGACCAGCAGGAGAAGCUGCUGGCAGUGAUCAAGGAGCAGCACGAGGAGAUGCACCAGCAGCGGCCAGCCGGCGAGGACGUGGACACGCAGCCUGAGCCAGGGGGAGCCGUGCCCAGGAGUAAGGAGCAGGACACCCACGAUGGGACAGUGACACAUCUGCCCCUGCAGCCUUUGGAGCCUGAGCUCAGAGCUCCUGGGCAGCCCCCCGCUCUGCCUCAGGGGCAUGACCAGCGAUCCCCAGAUGAGCCCGAGGACGCUGCAGGCGGAGCUCCGGCUGGUCCUCCAGGUGGUAUGGACACGGAGCCCCGGGCAGCCCAGGCCGAGCCGAGGGAGGGCCGGCAGGGUGCUGAGCCCAAGGUGGCCGGCGUACAGGAAUGGGUCCCUGAGCCGGACCUCGCUGGGGCACCCGAGAGUCCACAGAAACAUGAUGCUGGGGACUCCCCCGUGCAGAGUCGGGGUGAUUUUGGAGGAGGCUCCCACGAGAAGCAGAAAUCCAGAAAGGAGGCAGCAGGCGACCUGGGUGCGGGGCCAGACAAGCCCCAGCAAGUGAGCCCAGACCGGGGACUUGCAGGCCUGUCCAGCAGGUCGGGAGGAGCAGCCCCUCGGGCCCAGCCUGUGUUACAGCCUGAACACCCAGCUGUCUCUGCCGGGGCUCGGGAAGGUCACCCAGGGGUGAGAAAGGAGGCCCUUGGCGGGGGCCACCUGGGUGGGGACCAUGUGCCUGCUCCUGGGGAGGACACUGCCGUCCGAGAGCCUGAGCAGAGGCCAGACCCUGAGCUCAGGCCCCAACAGGCCGUCCCUGAGGCUCAGAAGCCGGACAAUGCUAAACCCAACCGAGACCUGAAAGUCCAGGCUGGCUCUGACCUCCGGAGGAGACGGCGGGACGUGCCUGCUGGUGCAGACGGGGGCCCGGCCCCCAACGACGGGGUCAUUAUCAGCUUCCACCCCCUGCCUGGCAUGCAGGUCAACGACCUCCGCAGCGCCCUGGACACGCAGCUCCGCCAGGCCGCGGGAGGCACUUUGCAGGUGGUCCAUGGCCGCCAGAUCAAACAGUUGUCCGGGGCCCUGGAGGAGGCCUGAGCACCUGCAAGUGGCCGCCAUGCUUCUGGUCUCACGCAGCCAUGCCCAGGCUGCCAGCCUGGAGCGCCGAGGGCGCUGAAUUCUGGAUGUCACACUCUGAGGGGAAGUCUGAAAGCUGUCACUGCAGCGUCUUCCGAAAACGGAUUUUGCCAUCACUGAUGCACCUCUGAACUCAUGUAGGUGACUCUGAGCUCCUGCGGCCACUUGCUGACACUCCAUGGAGACAUGGCGUCGGCAGGGACUUGAGGUCGGUGACCCGCCACCUCUGUGUUCUGACAGAUGUGUCCUGUGUGGCUGUGGGAGCAGGGUUCGUGAGGGCUGGUGCCCGCACAUGAGUCGUCACAGCACAUGGGCCGCCGAGAGCAGUCCUGGCCCGGGAUUCCCAGCUCCUCCAGAUUAUAUUGACAUAGCUCGCGCUCUCUGAGUGUCAUAGAAAACCUCAGUAAACACCCUGCCGUUGCC